GCUAUAUUUACUUAGUCUCUAUUAGUAGUGAUCUGUAAGAGGUUUAAAGUAGCUCUCAAAAGCAGAGUUGGUGUUUAAAUGAUUGCUGUUGAGAAGCAAGAAUCAACAUUUGGAUGAAUAAAUACUGAAAAAGGUUACCUGGUAUGUUCGAUGCUAUGGGUGCUGCUGGAUCAGCGGAUGACAUUAAUGCUAUGGAAAUUCACCACUGGUACACUAAAUUUAUGAGGGAAUGCCCAUCCGGACAGCUGUGUCUGCAUGAAUUUAAACAUGUCCUGGAUCUACAUGGACUUACUCCAGAAGCUAACAGCUAUGUCGAACAAGUAUUUCACACAUUUGACAUGAAUAAGGAUGGAUUUAUAGACUUCCUGGAGUUCAUAGCCGCCAUAAAUUUGGUUAUACGAGGGAAAAUUGACCAAAAAUUGAAAUGGUAUUUUAAGCUAUAUGAUGCUGAUGGAAACGGAUGUAUUGACAAAAAAGAACUAGUAAGCAUAUUCACGGCUAUUCAAGCUAUUAACGGCCACAGUGACAUGUCUGCUGAAGAGUUCACAAACAUUGUAUUUCAGAAGAUAGACGUGAACAAUGACGGGGAACUGACUUUAGAAGAGUUUAUCACUGGUGUUGAAAGCGACGAGGACCUCAUGGAGUUGAUUACAAAAAAUUUUGACCUUUCCAACGUACUCAAAGUCAUACAGAACGGCAGGAGACACAGCAUCUGAAGGACCCAGUGACAGAAGCAGCAUCUCUGUCGUCAUUCCAAGGAAGAUAAUACGUGGUACCUUCAAGAGCUUGAUGUCAUCGAAGCCUGCCCAGGCAAAACUGAGCAGCCUGCUCCAGGAGUAAUAACUUUCACUCUUGACUUCGUAUCUCUCCUUUUAUCUUCUUUAUUCUUUCCCUCACUAAUGACUGUGACAGCCACACUUAUGAUAGAAAAGCUAUUUGACGCAGUACAAAUAACUUAUUUGCUCUCCAUGAACGCUGUUCAGUCUAAUCAAUAAAAUCAUGAAAAUAUCACAAAAUGCAAUCUUUCUAGAAGACAUGGAGUUAAUGAAUUUCUCCUUAUCGGGACAGGCUUUUAAGCCUGCCGUCUAAAGUGUGGACAUAAUCUUCUAGGUAGGACUGUGUUGUAUUCAAAUCAAUUAAGAAUGGAGCCUGAUUUGCAUUAACCUAAAAAUUGCUCUAAUCAGUACUCAGAAUUGGAGUAAAUUCGCUGGGUAACACCUCAGUCAGCUUAAUGUUCUCAAGAUGUGCAUCCUCCUUAUCAAGCUGUCUACCACUUUUGAUUUUAUUACAUCUUUAAAUUAAACUAACAUGAUGUUUUGAUGGUUUUGGCAGGGUUCAGCCACUGUUCUUUCAAAUUAACCUUUUAUGAAAGUGCUGAAAUGAAAUUCUGUUGUUUUUGUAGAGUAAAAUUAGAAGUUCAAGGAA